CAACAAUUGUAAUAGUACAACUGAACAAAUCUAGCUUUUAUUUAUAAACUCUAAUAAAACUAUAGAAGUAAAGUUAAAUCACAUUACAAAUAACUAGUGCGGAGUACAAAACAAUAACAUUUUAGUAAAUUACAAAAUCUGUAAUUAGAAACUGAAGUGACGAAAUUGUUUCUGACGAGGACCGACUCCUGCCUUCACUCACUCGUCAUUAAAAAGAAAACUAAUUUUAUUAUGAUGGACACAUAUGAACAAAAGUAAAAAUAUCAUAUGUUCAUAUCCUUGUGGACCUUGUUAGUGGUAAUAUAAGUUUAAAGCGUUAGUCUUUAUUUGAAGAAUUAUUUGUCAUUAUUUUUAUAUUUUAUUUUUGGAGAACAUAUACAAUUUGGGAGUGUUAUACUUACUAGGUUUCAAACCCGUCCGAUUCACGGGCAAUACAUAAUUUGGCUUAUUUUAAAUUUGAUUUUUUCAUAAUCAUAUUUAAUUAAUGCAAAAGUAAAAUAAACUCAGUCUAAAUAUAGAGUUCGUAUGAUAAUACUAAAAACUGAUGGAGUCGGCUUAUUUUACUGAAAUUGAUUAAAUUAUCGUCGAUUGGGCUGAAUAGGAGGAAUCUCCUAAAUCAUGAAAAAAAACCAUUUGUAAAAUAAAGAAACAAUUAUAUAAAAAAAUUAAAAUGUUAUUCUACAUAAGCAUCUCAACUAAACUGUUGAGGUUUAUUCCUUCAACUCUCGGGUCCAACACGUAAGCCCAAGGAUCUCGAGUGGAGUGUGUAUGAAUAACUAGCCCAACUAACAAGUAAGAUGGAUUACGAAACAGGAGGGAGCAAGUAAUAGAUCAGGUAUUAUUAAUCAGCUAAUAAUUCCCUAAUACAAUACUUUUUGCCAAGGCUCGUCGGCCGUUCGUCUUACAAGGCAGUGGAAGAGCUGCGAGUAAGGAGACUAUAGCUAGAAUGCUAAGAAUAGUAAGCUGCCAACUCCUUACAAUGAAAUAAAUGCUGCUAGUUAUACCACGAAUGGGCAGCUAGCUAUGCUAACGUGGAGACUUGCGUGUGGCUGGUGUCCCAACCACCAAAUCUCCAGCAUUAAAUGCGCUUCCCGCCAGAAUCUGGUUUUCCCGCCUAGUUAUGGGGACGUUCGUCCAGUCCGGAUGAAGGGCCUGCUCCUGAUGAUAUCGUAAAGGGUAUCGGGCCGUUCGUAUUCUGGCCCUUAGAUGAUUUGUUACACAUGUUGGAUUAACCCCAAGUAAUAAUGGCUUCUGGAGGAGACGUUCGUCGCCAUUGUGUUUAUCUGUGGAUCUGGUCCACCUGUCUUGUAUGGUCGUUCGUCCGAGUGGGCUGCCCCGCCUAGGAAGACGUUCGUCGUAUACUCGUUACAUGGGCCGGCCCAGGGGCUGGGCCAUUAACCCAACACAAGUCCCUCACUUCUGAUGUACUGAGCGUACGAAGGACAUAAGGAAGUAUAUUAUCCCCGGACGUCGCACGUUCGUUUUGUGGAACUCAUGCCUGCCGCCUUCUUGAGAGUGGACGUUCCUCUCCAUGGCGUCGCUUAGCUGAUGGCGGUUCAGGAAUCGAGGUGAUGGCUGCCGCAGAAACGGUACAUUUUCCGAGACAGGGUCAUUAUUACAUUUCUCUUCUCACGCGCGGUGCGUGCAUCUGGGUACGCUCCUUGCCACGCGUUGCCUCCCCAUUGGCCCGCGAAUCGGUGUUUCCCCUAUAAAUACCAGAGCUUCCCAUUAGUUUAGGGUUCCCGACUUUGCUCUCUCGCUCUAGAAUUUCGCUGUUCUGCAAUCUGUUCGUCUACAAGCUCCUCGGCUCAAUCCCGUUGCUCUAAGGUAUUAUUUUAUUUUUCUUGAUUCUUUCAAUGACUUCCAUGGAAAUUUCAUCGAGUUCUGGCUCGGGCUCCUCUUCUGGCUCCUCUUCUGGUUCUGAGGCCAGUUCGCGCUCUUCUUCGGGCUCUGAGGCCAGUUCGCGCUCCUCCGAGGGUGCCAGCACCUCCGACCGCUUCGGCUCCCGGCCCGUUGCGGGUUUGAUUGUGCAAGACAAUGCUUCUGAGACCUCUUCCUCUGCGUGUACCUCCUCGUCAGAUGAAGCCGAGGAUGAUGCGGCCUCUGGGGAAAUGGGGACGCCCCCCCCCAAGGAGGUGCGAUCCAGAUGGUUGUGGAAAACGCAGCCGCCGACGAUGAUCGCCCAGUUGAUUAUGAUUCGGGCACCGAGGCCGUUGAUGGUUCUAAUGUAGAGAUGUUUGAUCUGGGCCUCACGGUUGAUGUGGAGUGUCAUAUUUGCUCCAUCAAGAAUGCGAUUGGUCAUGAGCAAGCCUUCUCGGUCAAGGCCCUUAACAAACUCAAAGUAUUCCUCCCUCCCCCGUUCGUCUACCGCCUUCGAGGCGCGUCCCAUAUGAUGAGAAGACGUCCGAGGAUGGUCAUGGUUCAUUUGGAUUCCAUUGAGGCCGGGCUGCGGUUCCCCCUUCAUCCGUUCUAUGUGGAGUUCUUCCGUUGCUUCCAAGUGGCCCCCGCACAGUUCAAGCCCAAUUUCUACCGAUUUAUUUCCGCGUUCCUCAUUCGUUGCAAGAAUAGGGGGGUUACUGCCACAUUAGAUUUGUUCCAUUACUUUUUCCGGCUUACCCCCCAAAACUCCGAUGGGUUUCUGAGCAUUGCCGCACGUCCAAAGCGGAAGCUCUUCAGUGGUGCACCGAGCUCAAUCCAUGAUUGGAAGAAUCGGUUCUUUUUUGUACGGUACGAAGAUGCUUGUCUGCCCAUCCGUUGGAAUGGCUACCCACCUAAGAUAGGGCCACCAAAGUUGACGGACGACCUGGAGGAGGAUAUCAAGAAAGUCUCGACGGGCGGCGUCCGACCCUUAGACGAUUUCCUCACCUUCCCAGUGCUCGCCGCAGCAGUAAUAGGUACCGUCCGUGUUUCUGGACUCCCAAUUCCCCCCCUACGCUCGUCUCGGGGCACUGGGCGGUCCUGUCCUCUGUGGUGAGGGUCUUGGUUUCAGAAUCUGUUCGGCUACUAAUGCUUAAUGCUUUUUUUUUGUUUCAGGAUUACCCCCAACCGACGCUCAAAUGAAUCACGCCAAGAUGUUGAAGACGAGGAAAGGCAAAGGGGCAGCCACCGAUGCCGCACUUGCCAAGGCCAAGGCCACUCAGGCCGCUGAUUCUAACUCCUCCGCCUCUCAGGCCGAUCGGCGGAUGGUCGAGGCGGAGCAGCAUUUAAUUGCCACGGUGAUGGCACAGGGGGACCAAGCAUCCCCUGCUGUUUCCGACAUCCCCGAAGUGGUGGCGCCCCUGCAGAUCGUCCUUCCCCCGGCGGGGGAAAAAGUUAAGGAGAAGAAGACGAAGAGGCCCCGUGAGGCUGGCUCUUCGGUCCCUGCAGAACAAGAAGCGGUCCCCCUCCCCCUGGGACGUCCUGCCCAUGAUGUCUGGCAAGAAAUUGUCUCUUUGGCCGGGGUGGAGCUGCCCGCCCGGACGUCCUCGGAGGCUACCAACGCCGCUUUAGCCGCCGCUCUUCAGGUAAAUUCGCCUUAUACUGACCAGCCGGUUUCAGUUUUGGGGAUCUGUAAUCUUACACAUAUGUUCCUUAUCCGCAAGCCGGGCUCUCUGUGCUGCAAGCAGAAGCUGCAAGGGACGCUCACGCCCUUCAGGCCAAGAACAAGGCUGAUGCACUGCUGAAGAAGACACGGGAGGCCGCCUGUCUUUGAGAGAAGGAUGUGGCUGCCAAAGACAAGGAGCUGCAGGCCGCUCGUCAAGCGGCCCGCGAGUCAGCUCAGCAUGUGGCUGCUUUUGAGAAGGCCGGCUUCAAGCUAGUUCCGGUUCUUCCAGCUCUGAAGGACGAGGCCCCUGAGUGGCUCGUUGAUACCUCUGGGUAUGAGAAUAUUGAGGCCUUCAUGGUUGCCGCCCAAAGGUAUUGUGGCGGUGCGUUCGGUGAUGUAUUCUCAACCGAGCUGCAGAAGCAGGCCCCGAAAGAUCGUCUCAAGUUCGGGGUCCGGGUCUUGGAGAGCGCCUCCUUGUCAGAGAAGUUCUUGUACGACGUUGGGGAUAGUUCCUUCGUCAUUGGUUAUAAUGAGGGGGUAAAGGCCACGCUGCCCAUCUUCACCGCUCUGCAUGGCCCCAGCUUCAACUUGGCCUAGCACACUACUGAUGCCGAGCUGAUCCGAAUUCUGGGCAAGCUGGAGCGGGACGCUCGUCGCGAGGAAGCCAAAGAUAGGGGCAAAGUCCCAGAGCCCCCGACCCUUGAGCCUGAGCCUGAAGAGGAAGAAGACGUCGUUCCUGGGGGGGGGGGGGUCCCGGCCUGUUUCUCCUAACUUCAUUUGAUGUAAAACUCUACUUAUUUGUUUGAUAUCCUUGUAAAUUCCAGUCGAUAGUGCUGAGGAAUACACACAUUUUGCUUCAUGAUUAUCUUGACGUUCGUAUUCUUUUACUUUGUCAUUUCCUUUCAUUCCUAUAGUUGCAUGCGAGAUCCUGAUUCGACGCUCUGCGUAAUUUUUCAAUGGUUGUGCGAAAGAUGGUCCUUAACGCCAUCCUUAAUCACGUAAGUCUGAUUUUUCAUGCCGCAUCCCUUUUUCGUCUAAGUCCGUGGGGACGGUCAUACUUGUCUACCACCUUGGCCCGUAACCCAGUUCGUCGAGCGUCGGUCUGCUGCCUUCCGUCAUUUUUUGCGAAGUGUGCGUGUACGAGCCGAUUCUUUUCGUGCGCCCGUUGGUUAGAGACGUUCGUCCUCCCCAAAUUUUUCCAAGUGCGCAAAGUUCCUGGAGACGAUCGCACUUGUCUUGCAAAGGGCAAGAGACAUUCGUCGAUGGCUGAGUUUGCCGCCUCCUAUCAUGUUUGGCGAAGUAUGUGUUUACGGGUGCAUUCUGGGCAGAGACGUUCGUCUUCCCCGAACUAGUGCCUUGUCGAGCCAGGUGCUAAGGCCAGGAUCUCCUUGAGACGUUCGUCCACCUAGCCCAUCCGUCUCCUUCCCAAGUGUUUUGAGACGGACGUACCUUAGUACCCUGUGGGACCUCCAAAUUAGGAAGUACAUAUAUCUUCUGACGCCCCGUGGGUGCGUGGUGCGUCCCUGGUGGCGCGCUCCAGCCCGCUCUUCCCACGGGACGUUCGUCGCCCUCACUUUGAGGUGGGGUAUAAAGUGUUUUCCUCCAAAAAGUGGGUGCUAGAAUCGAGGCGUCUUCAAUACCGCGGAAUAUACCGGUAUGUUGACGCCACAUGUCCAUUUGUGGUUGGCGCAGUCCUGCGGUGCUGCCUAUAAGUACCCCAAAACCUCGCGGAUCAACCACUUGCUCUCCGGUCCUUACGCUGUGCAAUUGCUUUCUCUCUCUAGCCGUUUUCUGCACUGCAUCGAGUCUUGAUACCCGCAGGUAUUGAACGUCGUCAUGUCUUCGUCUAGGUUGGAGUCUCAAAUCAUCGAUUCAAGGACCCCAAUAAGCUCGUCGUCCACCGGGGAUCGGUUUGAUGACGGGUGCUCCUCGGGUGACGACCUCGAGUUCUAUGAAUGAGGUAUGCCACCUCGGCCUCCCCGUCACCACCUCAAUUUUUCUGGCGUUCGUCGUCAGCGCCAGCGUCUUUUGAACGCGGAUCGGCGGUUGAUUAGCCAAUGGUUCCACCCUUCAAGGGUUUACGACGACCGUCGUCUGCGCAAUCCAAUGCGCCAUCUGCCCGGCUAUGUGGUGGUUCAUUUAGACUCCGUUAUAGCCGGCCUCUUCUUCCUCCUGCAUUCUUUCCACCUAGAACUCUUCAGGAGUCUUAGGGUAACGCCUGCGCAGCUCGUCCCCGCCGCCUAUAGAAUUAUAGCGGGCUUCAUCAUCAGAUGUCACGGCGUCAGCAUGGUCCCCACCGUAGACCUCUUGCAUCAUCUUUUCUGGUUGUCCCCGUUUGGACGUACGGGGUAUCUGACCCCGAUUGCUCGUCCGUCAAUGGUCCUGUUUUCGAACAAUGUCGGGAAUCCGGACGGCUGGGAGGAGAGGUUCUUUUUGGCUGGAGUAGGCUCCCCCAUGCCAUUCUCCGACAGAUGGAAUGCUUAUCCGGUGAAGUCAAUCCCACCGCCGAUGACGGAUGAGGAACUGGGGUAUGCCAGGCGCAUAGCCGGCCUUGGCAUCCAGAAUCUCCGGUUGUUGGUGGCCGAGCCCUUCAUAGCUCGGGCCGGAUUAGGUGCGUCCAUUUGUACUUGCAUUGUCAUAUCAUCCUUUCAUUGUUAUGGUUCUGAACGUCUUGGUUUCUUUUCUGCAGAAGUUUUCCCAUCUUCAUCCUCUAUGGGACAUUCCAACAAUAUCCCCGUCCUUCAUGGCCGCGAAGGCAAAGAUCAGGACAAGGGCAGGAAACCGCUCGUCCCCAAGGUUGAGUCCCGGGUGACAAGGCCGCGAACUGAGGAGGCUCCCGAGGCCGGAGCCUCAAAGAAGCCCCGUUUUGACGGAACUGCUUCUAAGGCCAUCGUAGUGGCCGAUGACUCUGAUGGGGAGCCUGGAGGCCCCCUGAAAAGAAAGCAUACUUCGAGGAGCAAGCCCCCUCCUUCUCCGUCAAGGAACUCUGACGUUCGUCGCCUUCGUGAUGAGGAUGUUCAGACCGUUGGGGGAUCUGGUGACGCUCGUCCUUUAUCGCCUCCAGAAACCAACAGGUCCUCUCUUGGCCUUAUUGAGUUCUCCGGGGUCGGCCCUCGCAAGGAGUCAAUGAUGCUCUUCGGUCAGACCGCGUCUUCCAUCUGGUGCGGCCUCAACCUCAAGGUCCCCCAAGAUUUCGCCGCUCAAGAAGCCCCCGAGGAUCUUCUGGAGUGCGGACAGAGCACUUUGGACAAGGCCGGGCUCUACUUCCACAGGGCUUGGAUGGCCUUUGAGCAGCAAGGGAGGGAGAUGGCCCUAGUACGAGCCGAGUGCGAUGCUUUACUCAGAAAUGCUAAGGGCAGGGUUGGGACCCUCAAAGAAAAAGCCGAUGCCUAUGACAAGCUUGUCCAAGAGAACGCCUCUCAGAAGGAACUCCUAAGGAAGCAAGAGGCCAAGCUGAUGGAUCUGCGCAGCCGUAUGUGGGCCGUUUCUCAUGCCGGGGUGGACGUUCGUCGAACAGGCGUGGAUAACCACGUUCCUGUGUAUGAGGUCGAUGUUUCGAAGAUCAAGGAGUCUGGUUCUAUUGAGUUCCAGAAGUCCAAGGCUUAUACCGGUGCCAUCCAAGCCAUGGCCAGAAAAUUCCUUCCGAAGUUCGUCGGGGAGUAUCUUGCUACUUGCCCUGAUCCUUAUCUAGAUGGCAUCAAGCUGCUUCAGGCGACCCCCACUGGAGAGCGUUUCCUUGAUGAUCUUGCUGAUGAUACCUAUCUUAAGGAUAUGAUCAGCCUAGUGGCGGAGAAUCUCCCGACUUUCAAGCGUCACUUUGGGGCUCCCUUUGAUCCGGUGGCGGCCGGCUUCGACUCAUUGAUGGUGGAUGCCUACAAGGGGGCCCUUGAACUGUUGAAGGAGCGCAAGGAGCAGGAGGAAGCCGAAGCCAAGGAAAAAGCCAAACAGAUUCCUUUCAAGGUCCCAGCUCCGAACGUCGACUAGUCUGAAGCUCUGCUCGUCGCCCAGUACUUGUAUAUAUAUUUUUUAUGAUUCUUACCUUGUACUUCACAUUUGUAACUUCCCGGCCGGUAGUGUCGAAGAAUAAAAUCAUUCUUUGCUCCAUGCUCGUCUGCAUUUUUUUUAGUCUUUUUCAUCUUUG